AUGAAAAUGUUAGUAAUAUCGUUGAUUUUACCAGCCUUGAUGGUAGUAACGUCAGCUGCCCCUAGUGUGGGUCCCAUCCAAGGCCGUGCUGAUGAAUUGGCUGCGACACGCGCCUUACCGGCUUUAGAAUAUGAGGAAGUGCGCGAUAAAUAUGGACAGUUUGCACUGCGCUAUAUUACAGCGGAAGGUAUUGUAGUAUCAGAACGCGGCCGCCUGGUACCAAACCUGGAAGGUGAUGGAUAUGUCCUCAUCACCGAAGGAGAGAUCUCAUAUAUCAGUGAUGACGGUAAAACGUACGUCACAAAAUUCACAGCCGGUAUUGAUGGAAAUCAUGUUCAAGGGGACCAUCUUCCCACAACUCCGAAAUCAAUUGUUCCUGAAGCCCCAGCUGUUAAACCUGAAGAACCAGAAACCCUCAGAAUUUAUCAGAAUGUAGAGACUCCUGAAACUCUUUAG